GCUUUACACACACUGAGAAUAGACGGGCGAGCUGUCACGACAGCAGCGCCAUCAGCGCCGGGUGAGUGGAUGCCGAAACAAAAUUGCAUUUGAAAUAACCGUUUUUGGAGGACGAUGGUUCGGCACUCGAGUGUCCCGUCUGUUUGUCUGUGAUGCUAGUGUGAAAUUUUUGGAAAUUUCAAGAUGGCGAAAGGACGAAUCGAGCAGACAAUUUUGAACGCUCGCGACUCCAAAUCGCCCCGUAAUUCGUUCCGGUAACUACUUCACAAAGCUGCCGCCGCUGCUAUGAGUUUCUGAUCGGACGAAUAAAUUUUCUUAUUUACCGCGACCUCCAAGACUCAGGUAAGUUCUGUGGCGGGUGUUUCGUGGGUUUUGGUUCGAAGUUGAAUAUUUUGUUUUGGUAUUCUAGGUAACAUCACUGCAGCGGCUGUUGGUUCCGCCGGCGGCCCUCCUCAACAUUCUCCAGAAGGAACCGGAGAAUAGCAUCGGUGAGGACAGUUCCGAGCAGCGGUCGAAGGGGUUUAAGUUUGAUUGACGCGGUCAUGCCGAAGGUGUUGGCCAUCCGGCAGAACAUGCCGAAUCACCAGCAAAAGACCAUUAAACCGGAGGCAGCGGAAAACCAACGGGACGACGAGCAGCGGAGGAACAGUGGGGCGACCACGAAUAAGAACGGAGAAAACAUCUCCUCGAAGCAAAAAUGAAAUGAAGUUUUAGUUAUAUUACAAUAAUUCAAAAAUAUACACGUUUAAAAUUUAAAUAAACUUUUGUUUUCAUUCAAUUAAAAAUAAGAAAAAAAUGGGUAUAAAAAACAAUGUAUGUUAAUAUGGUCUCCAUAAGCAUUGCCAUAUAUUCUGUACACAAUUCCAUCUAUGAAUGUCAUAAGAUAACUCAAUGGAAAUCUUAAUUGACGGCUUUGUCAAAUUUCCCCUCCCAGCCAUAAGAAAAUCUUAUGACAUCCGAAUAAAAUCCUGAUGUCGAAAGGUCAUAAGACGUUCUUAUGGAUUUUGCCAGUACUUUUUUCUGAGUGUAGAUGACAACCGUAAAAGUUACUUGCUCUCCUAAGUAAUUUAUCUACUUUACUUUCCUUAGAUGUUCUAUGCCAACUACAUUCCAUUUCAAACGAUUUGCACUAUUCUGGAACGCCACCGUUUGAAUCAAAUCGACAGCGCACCAUCAAUCAAACCAUCCCAGCUAACGGCCGUCCUUCACGAUGUAUACUUUGCCGCCGAGCAAUUGGGUUAUUUCGCGGAGCUGGUCCAACAACCGGAUCGCGAUGCCUUGAUUUCUACGCUGGCGGGGCUUCUGUGGUCAGUGUUCGAUCCCAAGCGUUGCAACCCGUUGUCUGUGCUAGAACUCAAGCAGACAUUUCUUCUUUUGUGCGAAACGAGCAACUUUGAGCAAGUUGUCUGGGAGCAUUUCCAACUUACGAGUGAUCACAAUCUUUGUGUUUCGCGCCAUCGCUUGGAGGCGGUUUUAUUGAACUUUUCCAAGUUGCUUUCGUUCCUUGGUGAACCAGACCACCUGAAGACGGCGCUCGUGCAGGAGAUUGUGACGGAGUGCUUCACCCACUAUCCGGGGUUGGUCGGCUUGACGGAGUACCAGUUUUCAUGCCUUUUUCGGUUUUCGUCCAAAUUUUCGUACUAUUCAAAUGUCCUGGCCCUCUCGAAGCGCCUCAGGGAGUCGGAAUUUGUGGUGCACAGUGUUGCGUGUGGUGCCUGUCGCUCCCCCAUCCAGGGACUUCGGUUCAAGUGCCAGCGGUGCCACAAUCUGUCCCUCUGCAUCGAUUGCUUCAGCCAUGGAUAUUCCAGCAAGAGUCAUAACGUUGGCCACAAGAUGUACGAGAUCAGUACUAACGAUAUUGCUACAAACCCCUUUUCAUCGUUGCUCUCCAAACUGUGCAAAAUGAUCAGUUGCUCACAGAAUUCUCAAACUCGCGAUCAUCAACCUUCCACCUACGACAACAUGGAGGCGAAACUGAUCGACACGAAUGCCGUCGAGUUGCAAGAGGUGUUUGUUCCACCGGCAGCCAGCAGCACCCUAUCCCGCUCGUUAACUUCUACAAGUUGCACUUCGUUGCGUAAAGCUUCGAGCAAAAAUGUAAGCAUUUUUAGCAACAUUGACUGCCAACUGUUUACAAGCAGCAGCCAAAGCCAGGCGUUAGGCGAAAAGCUGGUUUCCAUGCUGGAAGUCCUGGAGGAGGACGGCGAGAAGUACCGCGUCAAACUUGCCAAUUUAAAGGCCAGCGGCGGCAUCGAUACAGCUACACUGAAUUAUUUUGACGAACAUGGCAAGUUGAUCGCAGAGCAGCUUAAAGUACUGAAAGAAGUUGGCACAAAGCUGGGUCGAGGCUUUCCCCAGAGUUCGAGCACUCCUUACCGAUCGGCAAGUGUCAAGGGCGCCAAGUUGAGCCUUUCAGCUGUUCAAAGUCGUUUGGAAAAGUCUAUUGACGGUGCGGAACUAAAUAAAUCGUACGUAAAUGAUCAACUUCCAUCGGAACUUUCGGUCCGGGAUGUAAGCGCGUGGUUCCAUCUGGAUCGCUUGUCGGAGACGAUGCUCGAGCAAAUGGAAGCGGACAUAAGCAAGCCGAAAUCGAAUCCUAAAACGCAACACGUGGAAGAGCUAAGCCGAUGCAUCGACAAUCUUCGGAUGGAUACGCAAAUUUCCAACUUUAAAGAUUUGCUGCUAAAGGUGCGCGAAAUUGUGGAUGACUCGUACAGUGAUAAUACGGAACUGGCCCGUACUACGCAGCAACUGGAGAAGGCACUGGACCGGAUAAUCGAAGAAGAAGAGCGAAAGCGACAUGCGCAUAUUUGAUCGUGUGUUUUUGUUGUAAUUUGACGUGACUCAUGAAACGAAUUUCUUCCAGUUUUUUAAAGUGCAUUCUUUUUUAGAAUUUAUUAUACACAUAUAUUUUUUUCAAACAAAGAAAAAUAAAGAACAAUGUAUAGACUUACAAAAUAGUGCAAAUAA